AUGUAAACACCACGAGAGCGUGACAUAGGAAGUAGCUCGACUGGCUGGACCUUGGAUCAUAGAGAUAGCAACGCUGUUCAUUUUUUUAUUUUGGCAUUUGAAAUUGUUUAAAAGAGAGGAGCGAGGUUUACAGAGUGGCAUCAUGGUGACGGAGGGGGAGCCCACAGACCUUGUCAAAGUGUUGCAUCUGCUGGUGCUGUCUUUCUCCUGGGGAAUGCAGGUGUGGGUCUCCUUCAUAGCAGGUUUUGCAUUGGUGUGGCAGGUGACUUUGCACACGUUUGGUCUGGUGCAGAGCAAGCUCUUCCCUGUGUACUUCUACUGUCUGCUGGGGAGUAACUUUGUCAGCCUGGCAGUGUAUGCAGUGUACCACCCCAGAGAGCUGCUGGACUGGCAUGAAAGUGUGCAGAUGGUUCUGUACUUUGUGGCACUGAUCAUGGCAGGUCUGAACGCCCAGUGGUUUGGCCCGAUGGUCACGGAGGUGAUGUUCCAGAUGAGGGAGGUGGAAACGGAGCAUGGCCUCGGGAACCAGAUCGGUCUGGGCAGCCAGAAGGAGGCUUAUGCCAAGCUCAAAGAGCAGGACCCCAAGUACAGAGCCUACAAGAGCACAUUUGGCCGGUACCAUGGAAUAUCCAACCUCUGCAACCUGAUAGGAUUCAUCUGCACCACCACCAACUUAAUCUACACAGCUCUAAAUCUAUCCACUAUUUAGAGAGAAUUAUACACAGGUUUCAGUUUUUGAAAAAUAUCUCACUGUCCGUCUCUGUUAUGUGAGGGCCGCAUAGCAAUCAUUUCAUGUCUUGCACCAGGAACACCCCAGCUCAUGUGAAAUAUCUUUUCCAAAAUGUCAGCCCUGAUUGGCUAGCAGACAUGAUUUGUGACUCAGAGGGAAAAGGCCAUUUUCCUAGUGUACAUUGGGCCGACACAGCCUUGCAUACUCAACAAAACUCCUCUGCUUUGCUUAUAACUUUCCUCUCUUCGCCAAACGACCUUUCUGGGCCCCAUCUAAACAAGACCAUAAGUAAAAUUAUGUAAUCACAUUCUGCUCUACUGCUCUAGAAAUCUGCUUUUCUUUCCCAUACCCAUUGCUUGACUUUGAUGUGAUGUGAAAGGGUUAAGAGGGUCAUAUUGCCAAACAUUAUCUAAGUGUCCUUAUGAGAGAGGGUGCUCUUGGUUUCAUGGAGCAUCCAUAAAACUUGUACCCGGCUGUGAAUUUAGUACAUUUCAUCCCUUCAUGUUAAUGUGUAAUUUAUGCUUUGCCAUCAAACUAUCUUGGUAAAUAGUUUUUUUUUAUUUAUAUGUAUAUAAAUACAUCUCUACACGUUUUUUGCCUUUGAUUUUAUCACAUGAUACCAGUUCCUUCUGUAAUUUCUUAAGUAUUGUAUUUCUUCUCAUUCUAAUAAGAAGUCAUUUUCACUGGUCCAUUAAUCCUUCCUUUGAGCAGAUAGGACACAGUUGAAUGUACUUGAAAUAACACUAUGUACUCUGCAUUGUUUAAACAGGCUGUCAUUUCAUAGUGGGGCCACAGUUUUCUAAAGCAUACCACUGUUUGCAUUGAUAUUUUUAUACAAUUUUUGACAGAUUUGAUCCUGUAGACAAUGAGAAUAUUAUAUUACCAAACCCUGGCUCCUGUGUCUGCGUUGUGUUACUUGUGUUCCCACCAGGGGGUGAUGUUUGAGCAGAGCUGCAAUCUGGUCCAUUCUGUAGAUAUCAACGAUCACAGCCUUCAUCUGUGUAAUGUCAUAUGCCCAGAUGUUAUUGUGAUGGCUGUAAAGCUCAGAAUUGAUUGGCAGUAUUUUUUUUUUUUAAUUAACACUGCAGUAUAUUAAACAACAGCUAUUAAUGUUCAUACACGUUUUUUUUCUAAAUCUGAAAUUAAAUCUGUCUUUCUCUUUU